UUUCACUGAAGAUAUUGUAGUGAGUGUGCUAUUGUCAUCGCUUUACAAUUCCAAACAGUGCAUGGACUGACUGGUUUCAGAGGCCGAGGAACAGGUUUCACUGCACAAAACAAACACACCCACACUGUGUCGCCUGCGUCACUGUACUUUGCUUUGACACUGAAAGAGGAAAUCCCAGACUGAGACUGAAGUUCACUAACCACACAUUACAAGAACGCUUCCUCAUAUAUGUGCACUUGUUGCUUCAGUCUUACUAUUAACAGUCACACAAGGCGAUUGCACAUGCUCUGGAUGGGAACGUUUUGCAUGUGUGUUUUACUAAUGAAGGAAUGAGAUCAGCGUUAUGCCAGAGUCAGAUCAGUAACCCUGAAGCCAGCGGAUACACCUGCCUUUGAUCUGCGCAGCCAAGAGACAUGGAGAAGACGGUACAGAGUGAGGAGCAGCAGUUGUCUCCAAACACAAGGAGGAGUUUCGGCUUCUCAUCUCUUCGUAUUAAAAAAAGGCACAGCAGUUAUGAAGAGGGUGGAUUUACAGGGCGGAGAGGGCUGCUGUCUUUCUCAUCAGUCCGAGAGCAAUCAAGGAAGGAGUCCGUCUCAGAUGAGGCCUCACAGCUGCACAGUGCUCAGGACCAGGUGAAGAACGCAGGUGUGUUACAAGGUGCCAUCCCAUCAGGUGAAGAUGAAGGUGGACGACAAGGGGCCCUCAAGAGGAUCAGCGCCAUGUGGUCCUCCUUUCGCAAAGGCAAACGGGACAGAGUCCAAGAAGCUGACCCCACAGAUCCACCGUGCCCGGAGGUGGCAGACACCUCAUCCAGGCAGCACCGCUACGUCAGUGGCCAGUACUUCUUUGAGUAUCUGGUGGUGGUCAGCCUCAAUAAGACCAAGGAUGGCAGCGGCUAUGAACCUCAGAUCACCUACCAGUUUCCCAAGAGAGAUGGGAUGGCGAAAUUUCAGAAGGAGGAGGAGGAGAAGACGCUGAAGGCCAUCACCUUGUUUUGUUUUCCAGAGGGCAUCAGCUGGGCUCCUCUAACUGAAUACCACAGUGAGACCUUCUCUUUUGUUCUGACUGAGAUCGAUGGCAGCAGAAGAAAUGGAUACUGCCGGAGGUUACUGCCUGGCGGUAAAGGAGCCCGUCCGCCUGAGGCCUACUGCAUCAUCAGCAGCCUGGCUUGUUUCGGCCUCUUCUCCAAGAUAUUUGACGAGGUGGAGAAGCGGCGGCAGAAGUCCAUGGCCAUGAUCUACCCAUUCAUGCAGAAGCUGCGCGAGGCUCCAUUCCCAGCUCCCGGAAACACGGUGGAGAUUAAGAGCUUCAUUCCUGAGUCGGGCACUGAGAUCAUCAGGCUGACCCGGCCGUUGGAUUCCUGGCUGGAACACGUCAACUUCGCUAAGCUCUUCAGCUGCCUGACAGACAAGGAGGUGCUGCUGGUGUUUGCUGUCGCCGUCCUGGAGAGACGCAUCGUUUUUAUUGCUGAUGAACUGGGCACGUUGUCCCAAGUCAUUCAUGCGGUAGCAGCCCUCCUUUACCCCUUCACUUGGCAGCACACCCUCAUCUCCAUUGUUCCAGAGAUCCUGAUCGACGUAGUGAUGGCGCCCACCCCCUACCUGCUGGGAGUCCAGAAACACCUGCUGGACCAGGUCACCGACCAGAGUGAUCUGCUGGUGGUCGACUUGUCUGAGGACAAAAAGCAGACCUUCAUUGUUUCCAUUGGUGAUGAGAGCUCUAUCCUGCCUCCGAAGCUCCAAGCUGAAAUACUAGAGGAGCUAAGUAAGAGGCAAACAGCAUCAACGGUGGAGGAGCUGAACCGAGUGGUGUCGGAAGCCUUCCUGCAGUUCUUUGUGAAAACAGUCGGCCAUUAUGAGCCGUAUGUGAAGUACGGUCGUGCUGGACAACAGGGCGUGUUCGAAAAGAGAAGUUUCUACAAGGCCAUCGAGUCCAAGACCACGCGACACUUCGUCAAGAAGUUCAUCCAGACACAGAUGUUUGACCUGUUUAUCCAGGAGGUGGAGCAGAAUCAGUCUGGACCUCAUCAAGGAAUAUUUCACAAAAAGAUUCUCGAAUACCAAGAAAAGAAGAAACGGGACAAGACAAAGAAACACUAGCUGUUAGCACCCAGGUGUAUAUAAAGAAGUAUAUCUGUUUAUUUUAAGUGCUGUGUCAGGGUGUUUUCAGAUGUCCCGGUGUGUGAAUUACUGUAUGGCUGUGUUGCUGCUACUCUGUGAAGCGCUGGCAUGAUGCGUUGUCAGUUCCUUGGCCCUCAGCCCGUGGCCACAGUGUGUCGCUAAUGAGCAGGAAAAUCAUUUCAAAUAAAGACUAGUUUUUU